AUGGGUUGGAGUAAAAACACUGUAGCAAACCUAAAAGUGGUUUUCUUUAAUCUGUUUUCUCUUACUGCUGCUAUUGUUUUCUACAACUACUGCUGUUGUUAUUUUCUUAGUAUACUUUCGUGCUUUAGAAAUGAAUUUGAUACAGAAUUGAGGCUUUUAUCUGCUGAUUUUAGUACUGCUAACAUUGUGGUUCAUUCUGAUUUAAGACUGCUAACUUGUGCUUCUGAUCAGGAUUACCAUCAGUACCUCUUUAUAUUUGUGCAAGUUAAUAAAUUUGGAGUGCCUUGUACACAAGAAGGAGCCGUACUUGGAUAUUUUCUUGGAACUAUUGCAACAAAUGGGACUCUUGCACCUGUGAAUUUCUCUAGAUGGGAUGAUAAACUUAUGAAGCCAUUUUAUCGCAAAAUGUUAGCUAUCGUUGAGGAAAAGUUUGAAUUUCCACCUGAGACGCAUAAAUGGGUACUCCAAUCGAUUAACAAGAAAUGGAGGGAUCAUAAGUUUGAUUUGAAGUCGAGAAACUUUCUCUCCAAUAAAACUAUGGAGCAGAUUGAAUCAUCUAUUCCAGAAGGAAUUGUGCCUAGUCAAUGGCCUACAUUAGUCCAAUCAUGGUUUAGUGAGUCUAAUCAGGUUAACUUUUAUUUUUUUAUCUUCUUGUUUAGAUUUUACUAA